AUGCCCCUCUCCUCCGGCCAAGCAGAGACGUGGUAUACGGAAGUCCUCUACACCGCUCUAAACCACCUCGUCGCCCUCGUGCUGCUCAUCCAACGCUCCCGCCUCCUCGCCCCCGGCACACAACCGGAUUCCACCAAAACCUACCCUUGCCGGCCGAGAUUGCACGCAUGUCGAAUCUUCCUGCCCUCCACUGCUGCCGCAGACAAACCAAGCAGCGGAGCGAAGCUUCCCCUCGUAAUCCUAGUCCACGGCGGCGGCUGGGCAAUCAACACCCCCUCCCGCGACGACCCUUUGGCGAGGUAUCUAGCCGACCACGCCGGAUGCGUGGCUGUGGCGAUCGACUACUCGAAAGCCCCCGGAAGCCGGUUUCCAGUGGCGUACGAGGACGUCGUCGCGCUCACUAGUGCUGUUAUCGAUGACGCUGAGCUACGGGUUGAUAAGGAGAGUGUGGUGCUGAUCGGUAAUUCGGCGGGUGGGAACCUCGUCCUGGCCGCUACGCAGGAUGAACGGCUGCGCGGGAGGGUGAAGGGGGUGCUGGGACUGUAUCCCGGUACGGAUUUCACGACCACGGUAGCGGAGAAAGUCGCUACGGCUACGCGGGCAGAUGCAGAGAAACCCGAUAUGCUCGAGUCUGGCGCCCCGAAGAUGGAGAGGAUGUACAUUGGCCCCCAACGCCUCGAGCUUGAAGACGUUCGUCUAAGUCCUACGUUCUUUAAGUGGAGGGCUGAUCUGCCGGAGAAGGUGUGGUUGGUGGGUUGUGAAUUCGACUUACUGUGCCGGGAGGCGGAGGUGAUGGCUGAGCGAUUAGCGAUGGGGAAGGAGAGGGUGGGCGGGAAGGAUGAGUGGACGGUGGGCGGGGUGAGGUGGACGAGGGUUAAGGGGCAGACGCAUGGGUUUGAUCAGUUUGGGGUAAGAGGGAAGGCACACGAGGCGGAGAGGUUGAGGGCGAGGGCGGAGUUGUGGGGGAAGAUGGUUGAGUGGCUUGGUGAGGUUUUCGAGCUUGAAGGAACCAGCAAGGUGUCUGAGGAAUGA